AAUAUCUUCAGACGUCACCUUCUUUCAGAAACAUACAGUGACAUCAGUGAUCAAGAUCUUGAUCAGUUGGUGAGGCAAGUGCAGCAGCAGCAUCCAGCUGUUGGCAUAACGUUACUGAAAGGUCACCUUAAAAGUAUUGGUCAUCGUCUUCAAAGGGAUAGAAUCCAGCUUUCUCUUUUGCGGACAGAUCCGACGGGUGUUCUUAACAGGUGGAAAGAGUCAGUAAAACGGCGAGUCUACAAUGUCCAUGCACCACAUUCCUUGUGGCACGUAGAUGGAGAUCACAAGUUGAUUAGGUACUAAGUGUUUAUUUUGCAUCUUGUCGUAGCAGGCUGAUUUGGCAACAGAACAAGAACAUCAGUUGAUGAUGGAAAAGAGCAAGGAAAGGACUAAACACAUUGGUCAAGCCAGUUGUUUGAUUUGCACGUGCUGUCAUCAACUGACAUUCCCGUUCUGUUGCCGAAUCAACCUGAUGUAGUUUUUUUUUAAACAGAUGGGUAUGCCAUAUUUUUGGACGUUUGUCAUUCUGUUCUACUGAAGGUGGAGAAUUGUGGUACAUGGUGGCAUUGAAGGCUACUCAAGACUUCCCGUCUACUUGCAUGCAGCCAACAACAAUAAGACAGCUACGGUGUUGAAAACUUUUUAG